UAAGAAAUAUGCAACAAAUAUUAAUAGAAUUCGGAAUAAUACUAUCAUGAGGAGACGAAAACUUUUUGAUAGUGGAGUUAUUCGUAGGAAACAGAAAUUUACAUCUAGUGCGCCCGAUAAAUAUUACGGUUUAGCUGAGCCGUUAGACGAUUUCCUUAUUUUAUGUAAUGAAGAUAUGGUGGAGAAAAAAAAUGAAUUUUUAAAAAAGCUACAGAAUGUUGAUCGGGUCGAAAUUGAAAAAUUAACGAGAGACCAAAGUCAGAGUCAGUUGUGGUUUAAAAGAAAGAAAUAUACGUUUAACUGCAUCGAAAUUUGGAGAAGUUUGCAAAAUGAGGGACAAUACCAGCUGCAAAAAUAAAGUCCAUGGAAUACUUUAUAAGCCACCUGUAACUUGUAAAUCAAUGGCUUACGGUAUAGAAAUGGAACCAUUUGCCAGAACUUAUUUUGAACAACUUUUCCAAAUACAUGUGGAGUUAUGUGGACUAUUCAUUGACCGAGAAUAUCCUUUUUUGGCUGCAAGUCCAGAUGGACUGGUUGGACAAGAUAUAAUUUUGGAGAUAAAAUGUCCAUACGCUGCAAAAGAUACAACUAGUGCCUUGGAAGCAGUUGAACAAAAUUUGUUACCAUAUUGUUCGGUAAAAGAAAGUAUGAUAUCUCUGAAGAAAGAUCACACGUAUUAUUUUCAAGUAAUUGGACAAGUUGAACAAAUUUUUUUGAUGUGGAUUUUUGGAAUCAAAGGAUGGUUAAAAAAUUACAAUUAUUUUAUUUAG